AUGUCGAACAAACGCAUACGCGGACUGUCGAUUUCGCGGCCUAUCCUCAUCGGGUCCACAUCAACGCCAUUGACGCCAGAAGAAAAACUUAGCGCCCCACCAGAUCAUACGCACAAAUGGACAGUGGCCGUGCGGAGCGCAGCAAGUGCGCCACUUGCGUCCAUUUCGACUAACGGAUCUGCAUCGCGUGAGAGUGAGUCUGGUGGUAUGAUUGGCACUCGACUGCACGAAAGCGAGCUGGAUUUGCAUCGUGCGAUCGGUGGAAAAGAUGACCUAUCCUACUUUAUCAAGCGAGUGCAAUUCAGACUCCAUGAUACCUAUGCACAACCGACACGAAACGUUGAUCGCUCGCCAUUCAGUGUGACAGAAACCGGUUGGGGUGAGUUUGAAGUGCAAAUCAAAAUUUUCUUUGUCCCGGAAGCUGGCGAAAAGCCCCUAACCAUCCUACAUCACCUCAAGCUGCAUCCGUGGUCAAGCUCCGUUGCCACGGUCGGUGCGCAAUCCAAUGCACCCGUGUCAGAUGCAUCUGCGCAUGCAUCGCAAGCGGCAUCGUCAUUGCCACCAUCGUCUCAGUCUGAGCCACACACUCGAAACGACACUCAGCAGCAUGCUCAACAAGAUGUCUCUUUGCCGGCAGCCAUAUCGCCGCCACCUGUUGUGCACUCAUGGCAGUAUGAGGAGAUUGUGUUCCCCGAACCACUUGAAGCAUUCUAUGAUAUCCUCAUUGCCCAUCCCCCCACGCCGUGGCCUGCUACAUCGGCUGACGCACUUCUUAAUACAGACUCUUUAUCUUCAUCGUCGCAUAAUGUACACACACCUACGGGCCAACUUAUCGAUGCUCUGAGUCUUGAAGCACAAAGAGCCGAAGCCGAUCGUAUUGAUCUAGCGCGUAUCGAUGCCGUUCAGCAACUCGAUGCUGAUCGAGCCAAGCUCAUCCAUACAGAAAAGCUUCUUCGUGACACACUUGCCCGCCUCUCUAAGCUGGAGCCAGCUUCAUCACUGCCAACACCUUCGUCAUAG